AUGUUCUCUGUUAGGUGCGUCGGGAUUCACCGUUCUGCUGGGUACGAAUUGCGACACCAUCCAAAACUACAAUGUCGCACUGCGGGUACCUCGCGGUCGUCGAACAAGUCUGUUCCAAUUGUAGAUAACGAUUCCAACGAAGAGAUCGCGCUGUCAUUGCUUCCGCUGGAUGAUAGUGCGGAGAAGACCAUCGCUGCGCGGCAUUCGAUACUUGCUUUACCUCCCCUUCCGUCCAACAUCCCAGCAGAUGAACUCCAGCCUAACGUGCUGCCACAUUCAUAUUCAUUAGGCGAUUUCCUCCGCAAUACCACGGGUGUGCGUGUUAUUUGUCUUACUGACCUCCCUGUCAAGAUUUCAAAGUACUUGUGCGGAUACCCUACCUUCCUUUCUAAUCCGCUCUCUAGUCAGAAUCUUCAGACUAAAGAAUUACCGCAUCUUGACACAAGCCACGACUGCGCCACCGAUUCGCGCGUCGUCAAUGCUCAUCGGUGGUCGGCUGCAGACGUCCUUGGUCACAUGCGAGAACCGACCGAAGUGCUUUUAUCACAAAGACGGGAGGUCUUGGAAUUACUCUCCACCGAGGUACAGGAGAUGAUUCGCAACUUUUCUCUCUUUACGUGGAUGUCUCAGACGACGCAAGCAAUAAUCAAGGAGACGCUUGCGCGCCGGAAGAACGUGUCGCCUCAAAACACGUCAACUUCGAGUGAAUCCAAAUCAGACUCGAGUUGGUACAGGAGUACUAAUACGCACCUCUUGACCGACGAUCGCAUCGACUUUCUUCUCAAUGCUGAGUUCUAUGGAAAUCCGUGCGGAGCUAUAGUCGACGUCGCCGAUGGUCACGGUUUCGGUGGAGAUCAAGGUGGCGACCAUGCGGUUCUUGGCGUAGAAAUUUGUUUGGGUUCCGAUAAGUUCAACCACUCGAUCCUGUAUUUUUCGACGACGGCCAUCGCCGCCUCCUUGGGCUUGUCGGGUAAUUCGAAUCUGGCCUCGAUGGCUGCGAUCCGUCAGUGUCUGUGGAUGGCGUCUGACCCGACAUUCGGCAUGGCAAUGGAGCUCAGCGAAAAUUAG